AUGGGCUCGAUUCAUCAGGAUCCUAUACUCCGUCAAUCUCUCCGCCAUUGUGCACAACGCGUCCUUGGCGGAACGCCCAAAUUCACCACCAAUGCCGAAGAACUUUGUGCUUCCCCUGACGUGGAUGUCGUUUUGAUCGCAAAUGCAGAUGCAUACCAUGUCGAGCAUGGAAUUCUUGCGCUUCAAAAUGAGAAGUACUGUUUGAUUGAGAAGCCUGCCUCGAUCUGUCUGCGCGAUAUUGACCGACUUAUCGAGGCUGAAAAGACUUCCAAGAGAAAGGUUUUCGUGGGAACCAUGCGUCGUUAUGCGGCUGCUUUUGUCGAUGCAGUCGAGGAGGUUGGAAAAAUGGAAAAAAUUACUUAUGCUCGUGUCAGGGAUGUGAUUGGACCAAAUGCGACUGCAGUAUCGCAGUCAGGCACAUUUCCCCAGCGUUUCGAUGAUUUCUCCAAGGAAGAUUCGUGUGGUCGAGCCAACAAAGAGGCCGACAUAUACGAGCAGGCCAUAAGUAAGGAGUUUGGGUUAGAGGCUACUCCACAAUCGUUGAGGAUGCUAAGAGUUUUGGGGGGUCUUGGGACUCAUAGUUUAUCGGCCAUGAGAGAGAUAAUUGGAAUGCCUCAGAGCGUUGCCGGUGCAGUUCUCACACUACCCGGAAUUUUUAGCGUCUUAUUCCGCUACGAUAACUUUCCGGUUGUGUAUGAAUCGGGUCUCUCUGAUAUUCCCUUCUUCGAUGCGCACAUUGAAGUGGCGUCUCCACAGAAGACUGUACGCGUUAUAUUCGACAAUCCUUACAUUAAAGGGCUUCCAGUUACUCUCCUAAUUCGUGAAAAGGUUGGAGACGGUUUCCAGGAGAGGAAAAUUCGCAAAACCUACGAGGAUCCAUAUACUCUGGAGCUUUUGGACCUCUAUGAUUGUGUUGUAAACGGGAAGACGCCUAAAAGCAGUGCCGAGGAUGCGAAAAAAGAUAUUGAACUUUUUAGGAUGAUUCUUCAGGCAGGAUUUUAG